GAAGUAGUUCCAACCACUAAAGUACUAUGACGUCAGCCUCUCUGCUAGCCACACUCUUUGUGGCGUAUGUUAUCUGGCACGGUGAUGUCUCUGUGGAAGCUAUCUGCGACAGUCUUAAUCUAGGAACGCGAAUCACCGACAAAGUUGCUCUCAUUUCGAGUAGUGAUGACAUUGGGCUUCUUGUAGUGACAUCGAACAAAAUGGACGGCUUCACACCUCUUCCUGUGUCGUCGUGGGGUGUGUUCUACGUGGUGGUAACCCACUGCGUCUUCCGGGACGAGAUUUGCCAGAUCGUUGUGGUGGCAUCUAAAGACGCGGAUGUGACUGUUGACAUACCGAUGGAACACCAAGGCACGCUGACAUCUCAGCGCUCGUACAAGACUCAGGAGAACCUGACAAACAGCUUGACUGCAGGACAAGCUUGGCAAAUACAGAGACGGGUUGAUUUGACUGGAACAACCAUCACCUCAAAUGUGCCAGUAGGCGUGUUAGCUGGGGCUGCUACUGCUCACGUAGGCAACAAUGAAACUCAAGGUGGUUUCAUGGAGCAUCUUCCGCCUGCUACACAAUAUGGAACCGAGUUUAUCGUUUUUCUCACUCCGAACAGAGUGGAAGACGUAAUGCGCAUAGUCGCUCUCCUGCACAACACCAAAGUUCACAUUACGGAGACAGAGAGGAGUCGUAGGUUUGAGCUCAAGGCUAGACAGUAUAUUAGCAGUACCAUAACGGGACAUGUUGUUCACGUCGAGUCCACCCGUCCCAUCGUUGUGGCAAAGUUUUCACAAAGUGGGAAGGAACAUAAAUACCCAACUAUGACGUACAUCAGUCCGACAGCAUUGCAUUCAAAAGAACCUAAGAUUUACGUUCCUGGUAAUCCUAAUCUGCCAUCCGUCUCGGAAGUGAAAAUUGUAGUUGUUACACAGAAGAAGUAUCUCAGCUGCCUUGAGGGGCAUGUCGACCAUAUGCUUGAUCAGUACGAGCUAAAUGUAACAGAUUACAUAGUUGCUCACUACAGAGAACCUUACCUGCCCAGUCCCCUGCCAAUGCCUGUCAGUUGUACGGACAAGCAUACACUAAUGACGCAUGCGCCGUUCGCUGUGUAUCUUUUCAUAGAAAGAGACAAUGGCACAACGCAAGUGUCUGUUGCUCCAGGCUCUGGAGUCAUCAACCCGGCAUGUGAAGAGACUGUCAACGAAAGUGAGGGCCUCUUCAUGAAUCAAGAUUGCUUCACACUCACAAAAGAAGAUUGUUCGCAGAGCAACAGCGAAGCUGGCGACAGAGACAGUUACGGCCUUGAAUUUACCUUUCUUAUCCCGGAACAUUACAAACUGCCCGAAGAAGUAGCUGCCAGUACUAUCUAUCUUCUGGUUACAAAACGAUCAAAUGAAACGGUGAAUUUCACCGUCUCCACUCCAUUAGGUACGAAGUCCAUGACUUACACCAUGGCCCCUGAGAAAGACACAGAGACUGUUGCUGACUUCCCGCGUUCUACGCUGGCCUUAGGGUCAAGGAUCACAAAUCGCACUGUGAGGGUCGAGGCCACAGGAGAGGUAUCUGUGGUCCUUUUAGUGGUCGGCGAAGGUCAGGGCACACCCAGUACACUGACUGCUCGCCUGCUGCCUGAUGACGUGCAAGGUCAUGAAUACUACGUUGUUACUCUCUAUCAAGAGGAAAAGGACAGUCAAAUACAAGAUGCCCACAACAGAUGGGAUCGGCCGAUCGGGCCGAUCGGGCCGAUAGCCCGACUCGGUCGUCUCAAAAACAAACGUUUUCAGUUUCAGGCGACCGUGUCGGGCGAUCCGCCCGAUCCAGUAGUAGUGGGCAUCCCGUAUAAGAAACGCGGUUCAAGAGACGGGGUGAGUAAUUUUCGGGAUCACCUGCUGUACGUGGAGACGUGA